CAUGCAGGACAGCGGAGGUGGCCGACAUUUUGUUCCUCGUGGGGCAGUCACAGGGCACAGGGAGGGAGAGCUCCCGGCUGGUCAAGGACUUCAUUGGCAGCAUGGCCCGUUCCUUUGAAAACGUGGUGAUGGGCAAAGGAGGCAUCCGGCUGGCGGUGGCACUCUACGGGGAGAAACCAAGGAUGGGUAUUGAGCUCACAGAUUAUGUGACCAUCGAAGAAAUGCUGGUUGCAAUUCAGGAUCUCUCCUUCAAAGGAGGCAACUUAAAAACAGGGUCAGCCCUAGCAUUUGCAGCUCACACCAUGUCUCGCCUGGACACGCUGCAAGAGGAUGCAGCAAAGGUAGUUGUUUUGAUCACGGACGGGAAAUCUGAUGACUCAGUUGAAGAUGAAGCCCGGGUCCUGCAGGAUGGAGGGGUGACGGUGUUUGCUGUAGGAAUUAAGGAUGCUGACAAGAAUGAACUGAACCAAAUAGCUUCAGAGCCCACUGCAGAGCAUGUGCUUUACGUUGAAGAUUUUCACCUGCUCCACAACGUGGCCCCCAAACUCUCUCGAAGGCUCUGUUUCACUGCCUCAGAGCCACCACGACCCGUCAAACAGACUGUGCAAGCUGAGAAGAUCAUCGGCCCCCAGAAUCUGCAUGUCAGUGAGCACAGCCACAGCUCGCUGCGACUCACGUGGAUGCCAGCUACAGGGAGGGUGACGGGGUACCGUGUCCAUCUGCAUCCCUUGCUUCCUUCAAGACAGACAGUUUCAGAGGACUCGCAGCAGAUUGUGGUGGAUGGUGACAAAAGUACUGUGCUGGUGACCGAUCUGAAACCCAACACCAAGUAUGUCUUCACAGUGAGGGCCGUCUAUGCAGAUGCCCUUGGGGAGUCAGCAGCUGUCAAGGGGAAAACAACACCUGUGCCUCCAGUCACUAAUUUCCGUGUGAUAGAAGAAGGACUUUUUAGCUUGAAGGUGGCUUGGACACCUCCACUGGGCAAACUGGAGGGCUACAAGAUCUACAUCCCCAGAGCCAACAGACCAGGAAUGACCUACGAACAGGUUCUGCGGGGCGAUGUCUCUUCCCAUGUGCUGGAUAAUUUGCAGGAGGAUAGAGAAUACAGCAUCAGCAUCUAUGCAGUGUACCCGCAGGGGCCAAGCCAGCCUGUGGCUGCUGUGGGGAGAACAUGUCCUUCCAGCCUUGAGCCUUGCUCUUCCCCCAUCACAUGCAUGGACAUGGACACCCUGGAACACCAUCAUGCUGCUUGGGGGACGAAGGUGAAGCUCCUGCCUGUGAAAAGCAUCUUGCUGCAGAAUGAGACCACCGACACACUGCAAGCAAGGUGGAGCCCUGUCCGGGGAGCAACGGGGUACAGACUCACCUGGACAUCAGCAGAGGGCAGCAUCCAGGACGUGAACCUCAGCAACACCUACAGCUACUACAUGAUCCAGGGGCUACAACCUGGCACAGAGUACACCGUCACCAUCAACCCCAUCUUUGGGGAUGUUGAGGGGCCAGUAGUGAGCGAUAAAGCAACGACGGUGGCGUCAAGCACCGUCCAGAUGCUGAAAGUGAGUGAGAUAUCCAUCAACAGUGCUCUGGUCUCCUGGGACUCGGUUGCUGGGGCCACGGGGUACCGAGUGGCUUGGGGUCCUACACCAGAGUUCUUUGAUAAAGACCGUCCUCGCCAGCUGGCCCUCAACAAGUCGAUCACAGCCUACCAGCUCCGCAACCUGGCCCAUGACACCGAGUAUGUGAUUUCCCUGUAUGUGCUCUUUGGCUCGGUGCAGGGACCGGGGAUCACAACCUCAGCCAGGACAUCUCCUCUUGGCUACGUCUCCAAUUUCAAGGUGACGUCCUACACCAGCACAAGCCUGUCUAUGGCAUGGAGUGCCACAGCAGCUGCCACCAAAUUCAAAGUCACCUGGAGCCCUGUGGGAGCAGGCAAAGGAAAACAGGUUGCCAGGACUCAGUACCUGGGCAGUAGGGUGUUGACUUACCAGAUCGACCACUUGCUGCCUGACACCCUGUAUAAAGUCAGCGUUCGGGCUGUCUUCAGCAAGACCGAGGGGCCCGAGGUGACUCUGACUCACCGCACAGCAUCUUUUGCAGACUCCAACACCAUCCAGACCAUCCAGGAUCUGAGGAUUACUGACACUGGCAUAAAUAGUUUGAAGCUCUCUUGGAGGAGGCUCCCUGGGGUAACUCACUAUAAGAUAUCCUGGGUGCCAUUCGAUGGUGGCUUGGAAACCUCCCAGCUGGUUGCAGCAGAGACAGUCUCCUUCACGAUCCCCAGACUGAAGGAGAGCACCACCUACACCAUCUGCAUGUCUGCAGUGAUCAGGGGACAGGAGGGAAGCCCCACGCUUCUCACAGCCAAAACCUUCUGUGGCAAGUUCAAAGCAGACAUUGGGUUCCUGGUAGACGAGUCCUCGAGUAUUGGCCAGAGCAAUUUCAAUAAAGUGAAGGAUUUCCUCUUCUGGAUCAUUUCCUAUUUCCCUAAGAUUGGACCUGAAGGGACACAGGUUGCUGUUGCUCAAUACAGUGAGGAGCCCAGGGCAGCCUUCUACUUCAACCAGCACCGUGACCGCAACAGCGCCCUGAAAGCCGUCAAGGAACUGCGCUAUGCUGGAGGCAACACAAAAACAG